AUGACCAGGCUAGACAACCUUCUGCACUACCAGGCUACAAAAGCUAUGAACAAGGAAGGGAAGCUCGAAAGGCUGCCAGAUGACGCCGAUGACACUGAUGAAGAAGGCCAAGACACUGACGAAGCGAUGACUGACUCUGAUAUCGCGGAUGAUUCAGAUGCGAUGCAUGACAUCCUGGAUAACGAAGAAGAGAUGCCCGACGACGACUCUACUGGCAAGGACGACCUAGAUAUGCCGGAUGGUCCCAUGCUUGGCUCAAGUCAUGCAGUCGAUGCAGCAACUGAGAGUGUUCCGAUCAAUGCUGUCGGUCCAGACAAUGCAGCUGAUUCAACCAAUGUACUCAGCACCGCCGAGAAUACUAGUGCUGGCGCAGUUGAUCUUCUUGAUACAGAAGCAGAGCGAGCCAAGAAGAAAGCCGAGCACGAAGUCCUCGAGCAAUACGCCAGAAAGCACUUCUCUACUCUGGAGAGAGAGAUGAACAUCUGCCUCGAAGAUAUCAUUAAAUUAGGGAUGGUCUCCCGAAAAAAGAACAAGUCAAUCAAGAUGCAUAGAUUAUUGACAGCCGUUAAGCGAUGUCAGAUCAUCCAGAAAGCCUCUGCUAUGAAGUAUGCCAAUGCAACCGAAGGCCGACGAAAGUCGAAGAAAAUCAAACGCUCGAUACCUGCAACCAAGCAUCCAAAAACAACAGAAGAGAUCAUGGCUCGUAUUUCCGGAGAAGAGGAACUCAAUAAUCCCUGGUCUGGAUCAGCAGAAUCUGCAGCAGAGCUUCCGGAGGGUGGGCUGCUAAUGCGUGUCACGGACGAAGCAAGCAGAGCAAAGCUUUACCCAGACCAAGGUUUCUUAUCAGGUGGAUUUGAAGCUGACUUGAAGACUGCAGCGGGUCGUCGGGCGGCUAUGGAGUUGCACCUGAACUGGAGCAAUCGACAGCCAACUGCGUUCAUCUCUACCACUGGAAGUGCCUUUGACUUUAUUGACAGGCGUAUUCCACAUAUGGAGAAGCGCGAUGGUAAAAAGCCUUCCAGAUAUACUGUGAAGCUGACGUAUAUCAAUGCCAACGUACGACAGGCGGCCGGACUGCCGACAUUGCGAGUCAAGGAGGAGAUUGCUCGAUACAAGGUCGGUACUCCUCAAGGCAGAGAAGCUCCUUGGUUUCGGGACGAGUACAUCAUACCUUUCCGGGUUGGUCCUGAGCAGAUCGUGGCCACUCACUGCUUGAUCGCGGUCAAGAGAUAUAUGAGAAUCCACGAGUGUGAUUAUUAUGGCUUCCAUAAGGCUGUUGUUUUGCCCGCAUUUGCAGAGCACGAAGCAGCAAGGAGAGAAGGUCGUCCAGUCAAUGCGAAGAACAGCUGUGUUUGCUGGCACUGCUGCGACUCAUCAAAAUCUCAAAACGGAGUUGGAACGACUGGAAGUUCGAAAUAA